AAGGGAGAGGAGAGGACCUCUUCGUCCUCUUUGACUCCUUUACAACACAACACAACACAACACACUCUCCGUAGACGUGAUCACGUCGUGCCCUCCUUCCGUUGCGUUAUACCACUCCGCAUUGCUUACAUCACAUCAUUGUCACGCUAGACUAGCAAGCCCUCUCGCCUCCCCUUGUGACACAAGAUGACAGUACCGAAUCCGAUCCAGCCUCAUGCCCACGAGGGGGUGAAGUUGGAUUACAGGCCCACAAAGACUGUACUCGUCCUGGGUGCUAGCUAUGCAGGUCACACAGCUGUACAGAGUCUAGUACAAGGUCUGCCCCAAGGCUGGAGGGUAGUGGUGCUGGAGAGGAAUACACAUGCCAAUCACCUAUAUGCCUUUCCGCGCGUGGCAGUGCUGCCUUCACACGAGAAGAAGGUUUUUAUCCCUUACACCAACAUCUUCAAGCCGGUGAGCGGCGUCCCCUCUUAUGCCGCCUCUGCCGGGCACGUGCUCAUCCACGGCUGUCUCACCAGUCUCGACCUGGCCCCUCAGGCCAAAGGUGGCAAGCUCCCCUUCGGUCGAGGAGUAGCCACUUAUCGUCCACUGCACGAAGGAGCUUCCUGCUGUCGGGACCCGCGAGCAGCAGAAGAAGAGACGAUGCAGAUCCGGUAUGACUACCUUGUGUAUGCGCUCGGAUGUCAUCUGCCUCCGCCCAUCAACUUGUGGAGUAGUCCUAGCGCCAAGAAGGAUACAGUGGAAGAUGUCACGCUCGCUUCCAACAGCACUGCCGCCCCGGGUACAUGCUGCAUGUCCAGCGUCUCCUCCAAGCUCGAGCGAGGUCUCAACCUUCGCGAAGAUGGGCAGAGCGAAGCAGACGGGCAGUCCUCUGCUGAGGCCGUCCCUCCUCGUCUCCCACCCUGCCGCGGCUCGAAGCAAGAAGGAGUGUCCUGGCUGCAAGAAGCUCAGUCUCGCGUCCGACAGGCAAAGAGCGUAAUCGUCAUCGGUGGUGGAGCUCUCGGAGUACAAUUCGCCAGCGAUAUAGCCGCCUACUACGGUACGGGCGUCAGUCCCCCUUCCCCGGAGCAUCUCGAAGCCACCCGCGGCGUGCCAGUGAAAAAAGUGACGCUGCUCUGCUCUUCGAAACAGCUACUACCUCGAUUCGAUAAGUGGAUGCACGACCAGUCUCUCGAGGCACUACAGAAGCUCGGAGUGGAAGUGUUGCUAAGUGCGAGGGCUGACUUGAGUCAAGAUGCUAUGCAGGGGGGUCAGAGCGCUUCGGGAGAGGAGAGGAUCAUUAGGACACUUGACGGGCGGGAAGUCCGUGGGGAGCUAGUGCUCUUCUGCACUGGCCAAAAGCCCUGCACGAAUUACCUCUUCGACGCCCUGUCACCAUCAGAUCGAGGCUCCAUCGACUCAAAAGGCAUGUGCAAGAUCAAUCGGCACCUACAGCUCGCCGUAUCCCCUGCUGCGAAGUCUAGUGCCACCUCAAUCUCGGCCGAAUCUCAAGCAGAGGCAGAGGGAGAGGCAGAGGUAGAGCCUCAAACACGCAAGAGCAUCGACAACAUCUUUGUCAUUGGCGACGUAGCUGAUGCUUUUGGUGCCCUCAAUGCAGGACAUACCGCUUGGGCACAGGCAAAGCUGGCUGCAGCCAACAUUUGCCACUUGAUUCACCUCAAUGACCCUUCUCUAGGCAUUGCCAGUGCGAGUACAAGCGCAAGCGCGAGCGCGAGGGAGAUAGAGGUGACCUCCUCUUCUAGCUCCUCCUCCUCCUCCUCCUCUUCUUCUUCUUCCUCAACAGCAAGCGACACUCCCUCCUGGCCCAGCACUCCUCCCUCCUCUCUAGAGCGGUACACUCCUCCUCUACCAGGAAUCAAAGUCUCCCUUGGUCUCACCUUGGCAAUCCAACAGAGUAAUGGUAAACAUGCUGUCAAGCGUGGGAGAGAGGAUGGGUUGAGGGACGAUUUGAAUACGGGAGUGAUGUGGAGCUCGAGGGGGUUGAGUGAGGAGGGGGGAUACGUUGAGUAAAGAAAAGAAAGAGGUUGGUGGGUUUGGGUUGGGACGAAACGGGGGGGAGCAGGAGAGGAAUUAGAGCCGAGAGAGGCGCUACUGUACAUACGAUACAAACUACUAGAACACGACGUUAGAUUACAAGACCUUGACGGUCACCGUCAAUCUCUCAGCACAUUUCUUCGUCUCUCAUCACGGCUUCCACACACACCAGACCACAACGCCUCGACUUGUCUUCACGUAGCGAACAGCACUCUCCACUACAUCU